AUGUCCCAACUACUGCAGCCUCUCUCCAUCUUCGACUUCACACCUCCAUCUUCACCAACGAGACUUUCUGACACCAUGAAAUGGCUCAAACGUACACCUACGAGCGUACCUUUGCCGCCUUCGCCCACGAAGUCACGCGAAGGCUCAGAUGACGACAGCAGAUCGACCUCCUCAACGGAGUCACUCACCUUGACCGAAUCAAACUUCGCAAAGGUCAUAAGGUCCUUACAGAGGAAAUCCAGCACCCUCACAUUGCAACAAAAAGCCAGCUCAUUGUCUCUCUCAACGACUCCGGUCGGCACACCACAGCGCGAAGCUGCAAGAUGGCUAUUUGGACCCUCACCCGUCCACGCAGUAACAUCCGGUCCUCCUGUAGACGAGUUGUCAGACCACUUCGUCCGUUCUCUUCCAACGUACCAGGAGAAGCAAGCGGAGUUAUGCCGGCGUCAGGAGGCGAGCAGGGAGCGUGUCAAAAGGAUGCGUGCACACCUAGGCGCUCAAGGCUUUAGGCCUACUCCUGCCCUUAUCAACGAGAUAAACGACCCAUUCACGGCGAUCGAAGGUACUGAACCAUCGGGAAAACAUCAGCGUUAUGACAGUGGUAGCCACGAGCACAGCGACAGCGGCGCAUUGCAGAAACUGCAGAAGCUACACACUACCACUACAUCUGAGCCUACGCAAGAAGAGUCACACAAGUUGCCUCUACUCAACGAAGACUUUCUCUACCACGCUAUGAUGCGUAUAUGGAGUCACAACAUGCGUUUCUUCAACUGCGUAGGCUGCAACAAGACCCAUACGGAUCCGUGUCAUCAAGGAGUAGCAGUCAUAUGGUUGUUGCAUGGCUGCAGACACAAAGUGCAUGCUGCAUGUUUUGGCACAUUUCGAGAUAUCGAAGCUUAUGGUUUCCCCGGUGAUACCAACAGCUGCUACAACUGCGAGAGUUUGAAGCGGACGAUGAGGAGUCACACCCAGGAGGAGCUGGACAUGCGGCAUAAACGCCUGUUGAAGGCGACAAGCACUGAUUAUUGA